GAAUUCACUUAAAUAUGAAUUCUUGUUUCUAAAAAAUCGUUUUUACUUCCUAUUAAAAGCAAACUGCAAGUAGAAAUUACAUUAAAAAGUUAUUUUAUACAAUAGUUUCAAGUCCCAGGUUAUCAAAUUCAAAACUCAAUAAAUAUUGAGAGCGUUUCGUGAUAUCCUUAAACCAACGUUUAUUAAAUAACUUUAAAGCAAGAGGUGCAAAAGAAAAUAAAGGAAGCUCGUAUCCUUAAUUACAUGCGUGAGCCAAGAAUUUUGUGAGUGAAAAUUUGGAUGCUAUGGAAACUAUGGAAAAGUAAAGAAAAUGCUGAAAAGUUGUUGCCGAUGUCUGCGAGCGACUCUGCAGCGAUUAAAGCCAAAUAUUUGGCUUGGCUUUGGCUCAGAAAUUGGGUCAGCUGGCAAUUUGUCUAUCGCAACAGCAGCAGCGAAAUAGCAACGCAGGCAGCAAAGGAGGUAGAAGGAGGAGGCAAGGGGCUGCGGCAAGUCCGCAAUGCUCUGGUCAUGUGAAAUUCCCAAAAACUAAAAAGCUAUCAGCUGUCGGUUCAUUACGAUGCUAAUUGCGAGAUGCUCGACCAAAAACAGAAAGAAACAUGAAAAAAAGGAUUAGCUAACCGAACCCAAAUGAUAUGCAGACCGUGUGUGUGUGUGUGUGGCAACAACAUGCAACAGCGGUGGCAACAACAUGCUGCAACACUUGACCCAUAAACACAACGUUUCGCUUAAUCCGGUUAUGCAUGCAUCUGGAUUAACGUUUGGCCCAAGCGAGAAAACCUUUCGAGAAUCCUCACGGUUCUGUUCGCUUUCAUUUUGUUUUCGCGACUUUACGACACUUUUUAGGUAAUGAAUGGGAUUACAGUUUUUUAAUCCACUCGACAGGCGGUGUCAGCUAUAAAAAAAAAUAGCAAUGAUUUCAAGCAGCAGCCAUAAAACAACAAAAAAAAAAUGGUGACCCGCACCCGAGGCAACAUUUUGACCUGUGUGCAUCGACUGCGGUUGGCAGCGCGGUGUCCGUUGUCUUAUGAAUGACCGUCGGCAGGUCAUAAACUGGACGUCUCGAGUAUAAAAUGCAGUUACAACUCGGUUGAGGACAUCAAACGCAGUCGAGAUGUGCAACCCACAGCAACUCAAGCAGCAACAGCAGCAAAAGCAAGAGCAGUCUUCAAGUGCAACGGCAAGUGAAGCUGCCACUGCAACUGCAACUGCCUCUGCAACUAAUCUUCCUGCCUCUCCUCCGUCGCCUUCGUCCGCUUACGUUUUGUACUUGCAUCGUGAGGAAAUUAGACGCCGCAAAACGCAUUCAGCUCGUGCUUCGAUGACAAAGAUUCAGCUGACCAGCGAAUUGAUUGCGAGAACCAAACAGAACAUCAGUCGCUGCAGCUACGAAGAUCUCGAGAUCUUGGCCAGAGAGACGCUCUUCAAGAAGAAUCUCCAAAGACAUUUGCACUAUCGACGCAUGCAAAUGCAAGCUUGGAUGGCCGCCAAGAAGCAAGGCAAGAUUGCCAAAGUGACGACGGCUUAAAAGAGCAGCCAAGAUCAGUAUUAUAACAGAAAAGUGAUAAAUAAUAUUAAUAUAUAUUUAAGGCAGAUCAAAGUUUAAAGUAAUUGUAAUAUAAGUA